GGUCGUAUUGCUUUUCAAUCUUCUUAUACCUUGAAUACAUUUCAAGAUAUUAUUGCAGGCACCUGUGCUUGCGCUUAUAUCAGUUCAUCAACCUCCAACCAAAACGAUGUUUUACCUGGAAUCCAUGUUGUGUCAUGUCUUCAAUCGGAAUUAUCUUUUUUAAGUUAUCCUUAUCUUAUUCGUAGUUUUUCUUUUUUGUUAAAAUUACUAAUUCAUUGUUUCACGAGUGAUUUAACAGAUUCUGUUAAGCAUCCAAUCCAUUCACAAAAACAUAAAAUUGUACCACCCUCUUAUGGUAUCAAAAAAUCAUGGAAUUCUAUUAUGUUACAACAAUUACUCAAUUUACCCGAUUUUGUCUCUUUUUUACAAUUCUUUAUGGGAAAUGUCGAAAUGGUCACUUUGCUCUUUCAAAAUGAAAAUGGUGCUUUACUUCCUUCCUCUUUAGCUUCUCAAUUGUGUCCUAUGUGGUUUUCCAUCUUACAAGGUCGAGAAUUAUUUCAGGUUCUUCCAAGUCCUUUAUGUGCACAUUGUUCAACCAAUUCUCAUCAUCCAUUUCCAACAAAUUCAACGCGUUCCGUUCCUUUUGAUUGUUCUCUUGUUAAUUCUAACAUUUCUCCUUCUGAUACUUCACAAAAAAUAUUCUCAAAUCUUUUAUCCUUGUUAUUUGGUUCCACCGAUUCAACACGCUUUCAUCAAUCCACCAAUGUAUGCAAUGACACAUUGGUGACUUCAAUGAAGACAUUUCAAAGUGGGCAUAAUUGUUUGAUGGGGUACCGUGGAAUGGUCGUCUCCUUAAGUUUUUUUUUUUUUGGUAAUCAUUUAUGGCAUAAGGUAAUUGAAAAAUAUUUAAAUACAACUGUUUCUCCCUCUUUAUCAAUACAACAAGUAAAAGACUAUAUGUUAGAUACAUUUGGGUUAAUUGAAUUAAUGUCUGUUCUUUUGGUGGAAUUUGACAUUUUACGACAAAAAGAAAAUAUUCUGGUUCAGUUCACUCGUCUUUAUCAAAUAGCACGCAAUUCUCCACUGUUUCUCAUGCAUUUGGAUUUAAUCAAGUCUUCUUCGCAAGGAACUCAAACCACAUUAACGAAAUUCAUUCCUUUUAAAGUGUUUCUCUCACCUACGUUAACUUUGCUACAUUUAGUGUUAAGUACGCGUGAAGAUUUAAAUGGUCGUGGACGUGAUUUCCUUUUUUGCCCUUCCUCUACCGAGGCUUCCCUUACAUAUGUUGGUGCAUUACUUGAUUUCGUUAUUCAACAAUUCACUGGAAAUUGGCAUAAAAGUGAAUCUCUUUUAAAACAAGAUAGAUUAACAUUUUCUAAUACUUUGGAAGAUAAUGCUACACAACCUUUUCUGCAUGUGGAACCUGCACUUGCUCAUGGAUCUUCUUUCUGUAUCUCUUCCCUAUCUCAAGAAAUUCCAAAUGUCGUCAAUUUGGGUUCAUUACAACAGAGUGCUUUGGAAUCGUCAGUCCUCACAUGCGGCUUACCAAAUUGUUUCCAAUUAAGACUUUUACAAAAUGAUUCAAACCACGCAACUAUUCAUUCUUUGCUACUGGAAGUGUUAUUAAAAUUAUGCCUCAAUUGUUCAACGACAAUACAAUUGCAUAUGUCCGCCACAAUGACAUCACCGUCCCAAUAUGGGUUUCAAAAUUUCACCGAUUUUUGUCGAGCCAUGUCUCUGUGUCAUUUACUACUCCGUUAUUGGUUUUUUUAUCUAGCGCAUUAUAGCGUAGAUUCAUUGGAUUUGGAUCAAAUGAUUACACCCUUAGUGACCAUUUUUGAUACACAUUUAACCGAUUUGUCAACAGCUACAACCACUUUAUUAAAGUCCCUUGUGAUUUAUAAAGAUGACUUGAACACUCUUGCGCAAUUACUUUCUUAUCAUUCACACUCCCUCUGUAAACGGCAGAACACUUUCCAUACUUUUUUUGAUACAGCGCGACCUGCGUAUUUCCUUUUGAACGUCACUGCUCCUAUUUUAUUAUUAUCUCUUUGUUGUACCAUUUUAAAUCUAAUCAAAAAUUUCAACGUCCUUUUCCUUAAAAAACAAACAAAAACAAAAGAUUCACAAGAUCACCAUGGGUCCUUAAUAGAACGAUUUCUUUAUACACUAGAUGAAAAGAAAUGUUCUGACAUGCAUUUAACUUAUCGUUUAAUGAUUUUAUUAGAAAACAUUUCAAAACUUCCAGGCAAUUUUAGUAAGGCUAUUGAUGCAGCUCAUUUACAAUCACGUCAACCCACUGGGCUCAUGGACGAUAUGAUGACUAUGAAUCAAGCUUAUCGUUUAAUUUGGGUGCCUUACGAAAAUUAUACACAAAGAUUUACAAUCCAGAUUUCCUUAAUAGGUCUAGCUUUCUUGAAUCUCGUUUUACGUUGCCCCAUUAAAUUAGACCCCAUUGAAAUGUCUUCAAUAGCAUCCCAUUUAUAUCGUCUGCCUGGCAUUCAACAAUUCACACGUCGUUUGCAUAAAUCCAAUUCUUAUAAAUCCGUUUCAAACCAACGUUAUUCCGUUCACAAAACGUUACAAACGGAUGAUUAUUGGAGACCCGUGUAUGAACGCUUUUUUAGUGAUACCCAAAAAGAAAAAGAUCAAGUAUUUUAUGAGCCAUCCAUAAAGCAACAAGACACCACACAACCAUGUCGACCAUUGCGCUCUAACGCUCAUAUUAUGUGGUGCCGGUGUCUUUCACAAAUAUCCCUUUUCAAUGGUACCAGUAUUGUGCAUUGUCUAUUACAAUUUAAGGAGCGCUUUCAUUUCGUUGCCACCACUGUGACGCAAUCCACGCAGCUCGGUGUGCUAGAGGAAUUUUUUUUAUUAACAAAAUUGUUAGCUAAAAUGCCUUCUUUAGAACAAAUUGAGCCACCCACCGACAGAGAGUCCAUCUUAAGUUUGGUUUUCAUCACAUUAAAAGCUGUGAGUCAAUUAACACAACUUUGUUUAGCGCGAGGUCAAGUUGAAAUGUCCGAGCUUUUCAAGCCAUUUUCACCACGGGAAGUCGCCGCUGCGAAUAUCUCAGAUGCGUAUCUUUACAAUAUGGAAAAGAUGACGAAUGAGACUUUAGAUUAUAGCACUGCUGUGUUAAGCGGGCAACCUGCUUCGGUCCCUUCCAUUUACCAUCAAAGGGUUUUAGUGUUAAUUUUGAAAAUCAUUCAAAAUGUUUUAACUUGUCUUCGAGUCUUACAAUUAGAAACAAUGACGCAUCUUGAUUUCAACUUAUCAAAACUUCACUUGAGCAAUACAAGAAAUUCAAUGGGAUCCAGCGCAUUCAGUCUUUCAGAAAAUUGUACUAGCGUAUUUGGUGACAUCUUUGAGACUCUGUUUCACGAUGUUCUUGAUAUUGGACGCAUCAUUCUUCAAUCUUUAGAAGACUUGUGGAAAACUCAAAAAUGUGUAUUUAAUGCAAUCUGUACAAGGAACAAUUCGAGUGUUGUGUUACCGAUUUCAUUGGACCUUCGGUGUGAAAAAAGCACCGAUCAUUCUCUUUUACUAGCCUGGCAACGGCACAGAAAAACUUUUGAAACACCUAACGAGCCUAAUGCUUUAAAACCAAGCAUGGCAACCUCUUAUGAACCAUUAGCGUUUCCUGCAUCCUCUAGUCAUUCGCGACUUGACAUAGUACCAAAAACGCGAGACGCAAGCAGAACAACAACACACUUGACGGGAAAAACAGAUUCCACACGUCCUCGCAUUUCUGCGUCCAAAAUGGCUUUAAAUCCAUUACACCCAGGCACGACAGUGCCUCAUAUUCGUCAAUUUUCAAACAAUGGUGCACGUUCUUGCUGCCCAUUUAACGUAUUUCAAAGCUUACUAGUCGUGGACGACAUGACUCUGCAAGCCGACACAAUUUUGACGGAUUGUUUACCAAUGUGUGUAACUUUUGCAAGUCUUGAGAAUCUUAUGGAAACGAUUGUGGCCUUAUCAGUGUUCUUUGCCUUUACAUGUUUUCAAAAGUUAACAUGCUUAACAAAUACUUCGACAAGCACAUUGCAGGGUACUACAGUGUUGUGUGAAAUUGCAUCCACAAAAAGAGUCAAUCCAUCUAACAAUUAUCACUCUGUUUUUGAGUGGCCCUCGGUUGUGCGUCGUUUAACAGAAUUUUUCAGUACCCUUCAGAACACUGGAAUUGAACGUUUUGACUCCUUAAAUAACGUCAUUAAAAAAAUGAUGAAAGUUAUUAGUUUACGUUUAGGCGAUGAUCCCAAAACGUUACAAAAAGAGUUUUAAUGCCAUCU